UCAUUCGAUGGCCGCGUUGCUUAAGAUUCUUCGUCCGGCUGGUAUCCGGACGAACCGUGUCCGUGGCCUCUGCCAGCAUGUGGUGGGUCGUAAAAAACUAAGCAACGCCGGGAAGUUCCAAGCUGCGCUGGUGAAUGUGCCACCAACUGAGAUGACGAAACUCGGCAGUGGAUUGCGCGUAGCAAGCGAAGAUUCCGGAUCGCAAACGGCGACCGUCGGACUGUGGAUCGAUGCUGGGUCACGGUAUGAGAGCACCAGCACAAACGGCGUGGCACACUUCCUCGAGCACAUGGCCUUCAAGGGGACUGCCAAGCGUACGCAGACCGAUCUGGAGCUGGAGGUGGAAAACAUGGGAGCCCACCUGAAUGCAUACACGUCCCGCGAGCAGACCGUGUUUUACGCCAAGUGCCUUUCGAAGGACGUCUCGAAAGCGGUGGAGAUCCUUUCCGACAUCAUCCAACACUCGACGCUCGGCGAAGGCGAGAUUGAGCGCGAACGGGGCGUGAUACUGCGCGAAAUGCAGGAGGUCGAAAGUAACCUGCAGGAGGUGGUGUUUGACCAUUUGCAUGCCACUGCGUACCAGGACACUCCGCUUGGCAACACCAUCCUUGGCCCGACGAAGAACAUCCAAUCGAUCGGGAAGACCGAUUUGCAGAGAUACAUCAGGGACCACUAUAAGGCUCCCCGUGUUGUGCUAGCCGCAUCCGGCGGGGUCCGACACGAGGAACUCGUCCGUCUGGCCGAGAAGAAUCUUGGCCAGCUUAAUGCAACCGUUGACGGUUCCAGUUUGUUGACUCCUUGCCGUUUCACCGGCUCAGAGGUUCGCGUCAGAGACGACUCGCUUCCCCUGGCACACGUCGCUAUAGCGGUCGAAUCGUGCGGCUGGCCAGACCAAGACAACGUGCCGCUGAUGGUAGCAAACACACUGAUCGGUGCGUGGGACCGGUCGCAGGGCGGCGGUGCCAGUAAUGCCUCGAAGCUUGCUGUUGCCAGCGCCACCGACAACUUGUGCCACAGCUUCCAAUCCUUCAACACCUGCUACAAGGACACGGGCCUGUGGGGCAUCUACUUCGUUUGCGAUCCGCUUACGUGCGAGGACAUGCUGUUCAACAUACAGAACGAGUGGAUGCGCUUGUGCACGAUGGUGACUGAGGCCGAGGUCGACCGGGCAAAGAACCUGCUCAAAACGAACAUGCUUCUGCAGCUCGACGGCACCACACAGAUCUGCGAGGACAUCGGGCGCCAGAUGCUGUGCUACGGUCGUCGCAUUCCGUUGCACGAGUUGGAACGGCGAAUCAACAGUGUCACGGCGCAGAACGUUCGCGAUGUGGCUAUGAAGUAUAUCUUUGAUCGUUGCCCUGCCGUGGCCGCCGUUGGCCCGGUAGAGAAUCUACCCGAUUACAUGCGCAUCCGCUCGGCGAUGCAUUGGGCCCGCGUGUAAGCCUUGAACCACACAGAAGAGUAGCACCUUUCGUUCCUUGAUUAAAUUAUUGCCGUAUAAUUGAUGAUGCAUGCAAAUAAACAUUUUUUUAUCAACG